AUGCCUCCAUGGCCAUCGCCGCCAUUGCCCCGAGAUGGAAUUGUCGUCUGCUUCCUUUUAACCCCAAAACACACAAUGUUUGCCACGAAUGACUCUCGUUCAUACGAGGGUUUUUCCCACCUUCCCGCCUUCCAAACCUUUCUUUAUCAUCAGUCUGUCAAUAUCUAUUUAAUUAGUUUGUUCAUUCUAUCUAUCUAUCUAUCUAUCUAUCUAUCUAUCUAUCUAUCUAUCUAUCUAUCUAAUUCUAAUAUUUAUUCAAUGCCCUGUUCAUAUCCCUCUCUCUCUCUCUCUCUUUUACAUGCAUGUGUAAUUAGACAUAAUCAGCCUGUUAGUGUUAAUAAUGUCUGUCGACUUACCUGUCUAUCUAUCUAUCUAUCUAUCUAUCUAUCUAUCUAUCUAUCUAUCUAUCUAUCUAUCUAUCUAAGCCUGUUUAGUUUAUGUCUAUCUUUCUUCCAGUUCAUCUCUCACUCGCUCGUUGGGUCUUUCUUUACUAGUCUUUAUCAACCUGUUGACAUCUCUCUCAGUCCAUAUAAUCAACCUGUUCUUCAUAUCUAUCUAUCUAUCUAUCUGUCUGUCUGUUUGUUUGGUGAUGUUUUACUGUCUCUCAUUUCGGGGAUCGAAUUGCUAACUGAAACAGGCGCAUUCGACUUCUUUUCUUCUCUCCCUCCAACCAGGCGGUGUGUGUUCAAAUCCAUGUAA